AAAAGGCGGGAUUCGUAGCCUAGUCCAUCAGACGAAGACUAGCCUGUCAAAGCGUAGCACACUCCAGUCACCCAAAACAAGUUGAAAAAUGAAAUUGUUCGUUGUUCUCUCUGGCCUUCUCGCCGUAGCCAUGGCUAAGCCAGGCUUGUUGGCUUACAACAUCGUUUUACCUGGCGCACCAAUUGGCCUCGAUGGGCGAGUUGUAGAUACACCCGAGGUAUCUCUCGCAAAAGCAGCUCACGCCGCUGCUCAUAUCAAUGAAAAAUUAAACCACAACGCCGAGGUUCUUCGUUCUGCCGAUUUCAUCUACCCAGCAGCUGCACCUGUCUACGCUGCACCAGCAGCUCUUCCUGUAGUUCAUGCUGCUCCACUUGCCUAUGCUGCACCUCUCCCAGCAGCUUUGCCCAUUGCCAGCCACGCCACUUUGCUCGCCACUGACGGACGUCCUCUGGACACACCCGAAGUCGCCGCAGCCAAAGCAGCUCAUGCCGCUGCUCACAUCAACGAACAACUUACUCAUGCUAAAGAAGCCACGAGAAACGCUGUUUACGCUUAAAUUGUAUUAAGAUAUCAAAAAGUCAAUUAAUUAUAAAUGGCAUAAUAUCUUUGGCAUUCCGAAAAAUAAUUAAUAUGAAUUUUGCAUAUUCAAAAAUUUGUUUUUACUUAUUGUUAUCUGAAAUUUUUAUCUGAAUUUUGAGGAAGGCAACUUUUAGUAUAAUGUCUACUUGUUUACUUAGAAAUAAUAAUUUUUAUACCUUUUA